AUGUGCAGUGUGGCAUAUUUGGGAUAUGCCAUGUGGUGCUAUGUUGGGUGUAUGAGCUGACAGUAGGACAAGCUUCCUGACAAUUAAAUGACAAGCGGUCAGACCCACCAACAAUUAUUCGAAACCGUAGGGAGUGUAUGUUCCCCCGAAAUAAAAUAAAUACAGGUAUAUUUAUAUUAGGCCGGAAUCUAACAAAGCAGGCCCAACCCAGUGGGCCAUCGUCGUCGUGUAUACGACAACCUCCCCCGUUCACGGCGACACCCCGACCGCCGCCGCCUUGUUUCCCCUUGACGACUCGACCGCGCCGACGACAUGGCGCCUCCUCCCCCGAAAGAGCUGCCUGGCUUCUACUACGACCCGGACAAGAACCGCUACUUCCCCAUCAGGGGCCUCAUCCCCGGGGCCGCCACCCGCCGCCCUGCCCCACCGCCGCCGCCUGCCGAACCCCCGGUGCCCCAGGCUGCUGCAGCAGGAUGCAGCAAGAGGGCGAGGCAACCCGAGCUGCUCCACGCCAGGGAGAUGUACGGCGGCGGGGUCAUCUUCUCCAACAAGAGGAAAUCCACCUUCAUGCGACAGUGCCAGUAUGCGCAGGCGUCUCAACCGAUGGUUUGGAAGUACAAAGGGACAGCUUUGGUGGCUGAUAAGGCACUCGAAGAAUUGUACGCCACAAUUCAGACGCCGAAUGGGCUGAAAGAAUCCAAGGUAUUAGUGACCGGAAGCAUGAAUGGCACAGUUCGUUUAUAUGGAUUAGGGACUGCUAUAGUAAACUUUGAGGCUGAGAUGGAGUUUUUACCUGAGCCUGCUUGGACCCCCUUGGUAAAGCAGAAGGCAUCUAUGAAUUCUGCACUUGCGAGCAUCUGGUCAGCUGAAACAGCUUUUUCAAACUUCUCAUCAAGUGUAACUUGCAUAAAAAGGCUUCAGCACCAUUUCCCUGGUGUUGGCAACUUCAAUUCAUCAAGUCAGCGAGCAUUGGUGGCUACUUUAGGCUCUGGAGAAUCUGGUGGUUCUAUAUAUAUUAUGGACUUGUCUGAUACUAUUGAGUUGGCAAUGGGCUCGUUCAAUGCCUAUAGAGGAAAUAUUAUACAAGUUGCUUCAUUUAAUCGUACAAUCUGGACAGCUGAUUGUAAUUCUGAUGGCACACAGGCAGUCAUAGGUACAAACAGUGGUGCUGCCUUUUUUGAUUUGGAAAGAAGAGCAUUAUCAUGGAUGUAUCACUGCAAAAGUGACAUCCUCUCCCAGCAAUUUAUGCAAUCGGGAAAUGUUGUGCUAUGUGGCCUGAGGAAUGGCAGCAUUUUUCCUCUUGAUGUACGGCAAAGGCAACAUAAUAGUCCUACUGAGCUAUCUUCACCUGGUACUGCUAGGAGAACUGUUCCUUUGACACCCAGAAGGCAUAAUCGUUGGAGAAAUCAGGCUGAUAACACCAAAUCUUCAAGAGCUGUUGCAAUGUCUUCAGCGGUUUGCAGCUUGGUUGUUCUCUCAUCAGAUGAGCACUACUUCCUAGGGAGCUCCAUGGAUGGAUCGAUCAAGCUAUUUGAUCUCCGUCUCAUUCAGAAGGGGCCUAUACAGUCCUAUGCGGGGCAUGUAAAUUCACAUACUCAUUUACCACUUGUUGUUGAUCCCUCUGAAACCCUUCUUCUGUCAGGUGGGGAAGACUGCACGGUUCGAAUUUGGAGCAUCAAAACUGGCGAGCAAAUAUUUGCACAGAGCGUGGCUGGCUCCCUAUUCACAGCGUUUUGUUGGCCAGAAAGUGGGCGUGACUUGCACAAUUCUUCGAUGUUCGGUCUAAAUCAUAGCUGGGGGGCUUGGAUGGGAUCACGUGAUGGUCUGUUCUAUAUGCAUGGUACUUAAGCGACUGAUGUGGUAUUUGUUGUAAGUAGACACGCAUAGAAGAUAGGCUGAAUGAUUAUUUUUUUAAGGUUGAAUGAAUGAAUUCUGUUGUUGCCAGCAAGGAAUUGGAGCUGUAGUGUGUACUGGUGAGGAGAGUGUCUGGUAGCCAAUGUUAUCCAUGAGAUGUGUGCUUAUUGUAACAUUUUCAUCUUGUCACUGCAGGAUAUGAGAUUCAAAAGGCGUUUUGUUUGAGGCAAUUUUGGUAAAAGCAUGUAGGAAUGCCCUGAAAAGGUAUUGAUAACCUCGCAAA